UUUUCUUUUCUUUCUUUUUUUUUAAAUCAUUUUUCCCUUUUUGCUCUUCAAUCUUCUCAUCCUUCUGGUCCUGUGCCAAAAGAACUCAUCAAAACCUUAGGCCAGUGGCACAGUAAAUUAAAGAGCAAAAGUAAGUGAAAGGAAAAUUAGAGCAAGGAAACAGAUAAAAGAAUACACUCAUAAAGAAGAAUCAGCAGAAAAAUCCUGGCAAUAUGAAAAACCAGUCCAGAAAAAACCCCCCAAGGGACCGUGAGGUAGCUACUACAGAAGACAGAAAGAGAAUUUAAAAUACAGAUGAUGAAAACAAUGAAGGAAAUUGCUGAGAAAGUGGAAAAUAACCAAAAGGAAAUCCAAAAACAGAAUCAAAUAAGAGAUGAACGAUAUGAAGAAUAUAGAAAGGGUAUAGCAGAGCUGAAGGAAUUAAAGAAGUCAAUUAGGGAACUUAAAGAUGCAAUAGGAAGUGUUAAUAACAGAUAGAACAUGCAGAACAAAGAAUCUCAGAGAUAGAGGACAAAGCCCUUAUAAUAACUCAGAUAGUUAAAGAGGAAGAAAAGAAGAGAGAGAAGGCAGAACGUUCACUGACAGAAUUAUGUAACUUUAUGAAGCAUUCAAAUAUAUGAGUUAUAGGUAUCCCAGAAGGGGAGGAAUGCCCCAGAGGAAUGGAAGCCAUACUAGAGAAUAUUAUAAAUGAAAAUUUCCCAAAUAUCACCAAAGAUUCUGACACACUGCUUUCAGAGGGAUAUUGGACCCCAGGUCACCUCAACUCAAAUAGAGCUUCUCCAAGACACAUUGUGAUGAACCUGUCUAAAGUCAAGACAAAAGAAAAGAUUUUGCAAGCUGCUAGGAGUAAGUGUCAACUGACCUACAGGGGCAAAUCCAUCAGGGUGACUGGAGACAUCUCUAAUGAAACUUUUCAAGCCAGAAGACAAUGGUCAUCUACCUUUAAUCUACUUAAACAGAACAAUUUCCAGCCAAGAAUUCUAUAUCCCACUAAGCUAAGCUUUAAAAUUGAUGGAGAAAUCAAAUCAUUUACUGAUAUGCAAACAUUGAGGAAAUUUGCCACAACAAGAUAAGCUGUACAGGAAAUACUUCAACCUGUUCUACACAUUUACCAUCACAAUGGACUACCAGCAAAGUAAGCACCUGGAAAUUAAAGGACAGAACCUAGCUUCCACAAUGAUGCAAAAGACAAAACUAAGCAAUGGACUUUCACAAAAUAAGAUGAAUAGAAUGCUACCAUACUUAUCAAUUAUCUCAAUAAAUGUUAAUGGCUUGAAUUCCCCUUCGAAGAGGCAUAGAUUGGCUGAUUGGAUUAAAAACACAAGCCAUCCAUUUGCUGUCUGCAGGAAACACACCUAGCCUCAAAACAAAUUAAACCUCAGAGUUAAGAGUUGGAAGACAAUUUUUCAGGCAAAUGGAAUCCAGAAGAAAAGAGGGGUUGCAAUCUUAUUUUCAGAUACAUGUGGAUUUAAAGCAACUAAAGUCAAAAAAGACAAAGAUGGUCACUUCAUAUUGGUCAAGGGAAAAAUACAAGAAGACAUUUUAAUUCUAAAUAUUUAUGCACCCAACUUAAAUGCUCCCAGAUUCUUGAAACAGAACUUAUUUAGUCUGAGCAAUAUGAUAUCCUAUAAUUAAUAAAAGGGGACUUCAACACUCCUCUCACAGAGCUGGACAGAUCCUCUAAACAGAAAUUAAACAAAUAUAUAAGGGAUUUUAGACGUUCUUCACCAAGAGUCGCCAUGGUUUCCUGCUUCAACAGUGCUUGGACGGAAUAAGUGCUCGACCCCCAUCCCAGCUGGCCACUCACAGCCAGCCUUCCAAUACCUCCUCACCGCGCCCUUGGACCAUCCCAAGGCCCCCGCUGCCGCUCCAGCGCCGCGCAGCCGCUGCUUCUCCUCAGCCGCUGCCAUGACGACCGCAUCACCCUCGCAGGUGCACCAGAACUACCACCAGGACUCGGAGGCCACCAUCAACCGCCAGAUCAACCUGGAGCUCUACGCCUCCUAUGUCUACCUGUCCAUGUCUUACUACAUUGACCGCAAUGAUGUGGCUUUGAAGAAUUUUGCCAAAUACUUUCUUCACCAAUCUCAUGAGGAGAGGGAACAUGCUGAGAAACUGAUGAAGCUGCAGAAUCAAUGAGGUGGCUGAAUCUUCCUUCAGGAUAUCAAAAAACCAGACUGUGAUGACUGGGAGAGCGGGCUGGAUGCGAUGGAGUGCGUGUUACACUUGGAAAAAAUUGUGAAUCAGUCACUACUGGAACUGCACAAACUGGCCACUGACAAAAAUGACCCUCACUUGUGUGACUUCAUUGAGACACAUUACCUGAAUGAACAGGUGAAAUCCAUUAAAGAACUGGGUGACCACGUAACCAACCUGCGCAAGAUGGGAGCCCCUGAAUCUGGCAUGGCAGAGUAUCUCUUUGACAAGCACACCCUGGGAGACAGUGAUAAUGAGAACUAAGCCUUAGGCUAACUUCCCCAUAGUCACGGGAUGACUUCUGUGAUCACCAAGGCAGUGCAUGCAUGUCAGGGUUUCCUUUACCUUUUCUAUAAGUUGUACCAAAACAUACACUUAAGUUCUUUCAUUUGUACCAUUCCUUCAAAUAAAGAAAUUUGGUACCC